AUGGAGUAUGCUUGGACUUGCACACGUUUAUGGGGUGGUUCGGUCUGUCGUCUUGCUGGUCUUGUGGUCCAUUUGGGAGACCGGCUCGGCCGAUCGCCAGAGUUGCUGGAACGUUUAUCUUCGUGGCUAAAGAACUGGGGAUUGGCGUCGAGAAUUCUACGGAAAGUAGCCAAAGCACGUGAUGCAGAGCAAAACGAAGCAGAGGGAGAUACUCGACUCGGUAUCUCUCCGCCCUCGUCAUUCCCCGAAGAGUCAAUCCGACGGCGAGUAUUGACUCGUCGGGGUGUAGCUGGAUGUGGAAGAGAUGUAGCGUACACAACAGUCAACUUGGAUGCUGAUAAAGCAUUAUUGGAUAUCGAUGUUCGUCACGACACGGAGUUGCUUGUUGUUCAACUGCAAGAUAAUUUCGUUGUAUCCACGGCGCAAGACAAGACGAAAAUCGUUUUAGAAAGUUUUGUUCACACUCAAAUACAAACCCAACUAUUUCCCGACAAAUUUCACAAAGUACGGUCAUCCAGUAACCGUUCCGAGCUUGCUCGUUCCGGCUCAUCGUCUACUCAACUACUUGAUUUCGACUCACCGAGCAAACCUGCUGUCUCCGAGCCUGUAGUCGGAGGAGGACCAUUCAUCAUCGACUUAACCGAUCGAGAAGGCGUCGACAACAAAAAUGCGUCGGCAUGCUCGCAACACGCGAGAGUACCGUGGCAGGUGGGUCUGCUGAUGGCCACCCCCAAUCAAGACGUCACAGAGGAACAAUGCGGAGGCGUGCUGAUCGACAGACGUUGGGUGCUGACAGCAGCGCAUUGUCUCGAGAACGCGACCGUCGCGAUCGCCCUUGUUGGAGCCAAGCACUACUUGACAGGAUUUCUCGGUGACGAGGGACAAAAGAUUUUGGUCGACCGAGUCGUCGUGCACGAUAGAUACGAAAACAAAGACAAAGACGUACCGAGACACGAUAUCGCGCUGCUGCACUUAACAGAGGACGCCGUCUUUGGUCCGGACGUGUUUCCUGCGCGUAUACCUCAGCGUAACAGCUCGCUGGUAAGGAACGGCACUCGAAUGAUUAUCUCGGGUUGGGGGAAAAGUCUGCAAUAUAAUAGUUCGGUUGAUUCCGACUUGCUUCGUUGUGCGCAUGUGCCCGUCGUCUCUAUGGAAGAAUGCGUGUCUGCUCAUCGGCCACUCGAAAAGAAAAUCCGUAGCGGCCACGUGUGUGUUGGAUACGCUUCCGGCGGAGUCGGGGCCUGUAAUGGAGACAGCGGCGGGGGGUUAGUGCAUCGGGGAGACGGUGGGACAAACACGGUGGUCGGGAUUAUCAGCUGGACGUCGCGCUGUGGCGAGAGUUAUACAGUUUGCACGAACGUGCAGAAAUAUCGACCUUGGUUGGUGAGAAAUAUUCCAGAACUGAAAUGA